UCAUAGCAAAUUGUCAUUCAUUCUAACAGUUUGAAAGCUAUGGUGUUUGCCAAAACAUGCAAGACCGUACGUUCCCAGCUCAAUAUCGUCGUUGUCAAAAUCAGCUGUUAAAUGUAGUCGUCCCCGCUGAUUGUUAUUUAAUUCGUACGCAUAAAUUUUGGAAAAUUAUACACGCAGCUCAAGGCACAUAAUCAAAUAAAUAGUUGAUGGCAAAAUGCUGCGACAAUGCGUGCCUAAAUCACCAGUAAGGGUGCACACCAGCGCACGGUGUUUACUCAGAGGAGCUGCAACGAAUGCGCCAGCCACAGAAGCCAACGAGAAACUCGAGGAAAUACGUGGGCGACUGGCGAAAGGACCAAAUUUCCAAGAUUUCGUACAAAAUCCGGAGUAUACGCGCGAAGAAUGGACCGCCUACGAAGGCAAAUUGCGUCGUGAGAAGGGCGAGAACGAACGUUUGCGUUUACCACCUUGGUUGAAGACUACCAUACCGAUGGGUAAAAAUUUUGCCAAGAUCAAGACGCAGUUGCGAGAAUUGAAAUUGGCUACAGUGUGUGAAGAAGCGCGUUGUCCGAAUAUCGGCGAAUGUUGGGGUGGCGGAGAACAUGGCACACAAACAGCAACUAUUAUGCUGAUGGGUGACACAUGUACGCGUGGUUGUCGUUUCUGCUCUGUUAAAACUGCCCGCAAACCACCACCACUGGAUCCCGCUGAGCCUGUGAAUACAGCUAAAGCUAUUGCCUCCUGGGGACUAGAUUAUAUUGUGCUCACUUCGGUGGAUCGAGAUGAUUUACCCGAUGGUGGUUCAAAUCAUAUCGCAGAGACGGUGCGUGAAAUCAAACAACGUAACCCAAACAUUUUCGUCGAAUGCUUGGUGCCUGAUUUCCGUGGCGAUUUGUCUUGCGUCGAGACUAUAGCCAACAGCGGUCUAGACGUGUAUGCGCACAAUAUUGAAACUGUCGAGAAGUUAACACCAUUUGUGCGUGAUCGUCGCGCACAUUAUCGUCAAACACUCGCGGUGCUACAGCAAGCCAAACAGUUUAAUCCAAAACUCAUUACAAAGAGCUCUAUCAUGCUCGGCUUGGGUGAAACAGAUGCCGAAAUCGAACAAACUCUGCUGGAUCUGCGUGAAGCUGGAGUGGAAUGCCUCACGCUGGGGCAAUACAUGCAACCCACAAAUAAGCAUUUAAAAGUGAUCGAGUAUGUAACGCCUGAGAAAUUCAAACACUGGGAGACACGCGGCAACGAAUUGGGUUUCUUGUACACGGCCAGUGGACCGCUGGUGCGUAGCUCAUACAAGGCAGGUGAAUUCUUCAUAACAAGCAUACUAAAGAAUCGUCAAGCGCCGCCAAUGCAAGCGGGGGAAACUCAAGCCACACAGGAGAAGUGAAUUGUUAUGUUUGAAGCGGUUAAAAAAUAAUUAUAAGCUUGUGACACAAAUAAAAAUCUAUAAAAUUGACGAAUGCAAGCUGAUUAUGCAUAAACAAAUUAAUUAGUUUGGAAUUGUGAUUCAUAUUUUUUGAUGUAAAAAUAUUAUUUUGUGCAAAUAAUCAAUUGUUAAAGUGAUAUAGUAUGUGCUUACACAACCGAUAUGUAGUAAAAUAUACGCUUGUUAAGAAAAAUUCAAA